GUCAAGGUCAUUCCUAAAACGUGCUUUUGAAACUGUCAAAAAUGUCUCAAAUUUUGCGUGUUGCUGGGCGAUUUACUGUGUCGUCGAUUAGAAGUAUAGAGAGACACACCGUUUGUGAGUCUUGUCUUCUUCUAAGGAAUGGUUUCAGAGAAUAUUCAACACAAACAAAGUUUGAGCAUCAUUUGAAAUUCUUUAAGAAACGCCGCUGGAAGAAAAAGAAGAAACAGCUUCCAGAUCUAGAGGAGUUACACCAGCAGUUAGUUAGAAUGGUAGAUGCCAGGUUUCAUCAAUUGUCAAGCUCAAGUGGAAAAAGAACACAACAACUAGAUUUUGAGGUUUCUCCGUGUGUGAGAACAGAAUACCACAGACUGAAUAAAGAUAAUCUUAGACUGGCUCAACAAACAACAGACAAAAAUACAUGUCAUCAGACUGGUACACAGGAUUUACGAGGACUGGGUAAUAUACAGAAUGCAGUUGGUGAUGUAGGAGCGCAGUCUGAAACCCAGACAAGGUUCCAAGGUCUGAAUAAACGUGAUCAGAGAAAUAUAAUUAAGGAACAAAACCAGUCUAUUAAUUAUAAAAAUUCGGACAAUCCAGUAUUCCGUGAAAGUAAUGAUUUAAAUUACUUUGAAACUCUAGAUGAAUUUUAUGGGAAAAAGAGAACAGAUGUUUAUGAAAAAAGUGCUAAACCACUUUAUACAGAAAUAGCAUCAAAUGCACAACACACGUCUGUGAUAAAAAAUGAAAAAAAAUUAAGACAACAGGAAUUUGACACAGUCAGUAAAUUGACGAAAGAUAAAACAGGACUAGGAGAAAGACAUGUAAGUGACAUGAGUGAUAAAAUGACUGUGAUAUUAAAAGACUUCCAAAAAGCAAAUCAUGAAAAGGGGGAAACUGAACUAACUGAUAGUCAGAAAGAGGUUAUAAAAAUUAUUAAACAAAAACAAAAAGUUGAUAAAGGAGAUGCUAAAUUAAAGAAAGGGACUAAAAAGAGGAGACAGAAGGCAAUGUUUCAUGAAGUGUAUGGAAGAAAAAGUAAGAAAAUUCAUGAAAAGAAGGAAAAGUUGAAAAAUCAUGGCAAUAAAAUGAUUGAAACACCAAGGACUUUAAGACUACUUAAUGAGUUAUAUGACGGCUCAAAGCCUUUAUCUAACUUAAAUGUAACAACGUUUGAUGAAGGUCUCAAAGAGGCCAAGUGUAUGUUUUCUUAUAAACCAGAAGAAAGUUCGGAAUUAUUGAGCUCAGAGACUUUGUUUGAGGGAUAUUUGGAUAAAGAUCUUGUAGAGACAGAAGAAUCUGUUUGUCAAGAAGGUGAUAUUGAUGAAAAUGUAAGUGACAUAGAGGAAGAUCAUUUGGCUGAUACAGAGAAAAGUGAAAACUGCAAAGCAGACAGGUUGCCUGACGCUGAAUGGGCUGUGAUAAAAGCUAUCAGAAAGAAGAAGAAAGACGUUCAUGUGUUAAGUGUGGAGGAGAUGGGCAAACUUGAGAUGCUGCAGGACGUGUUUCACGAGGACAUGACAAUCGAAGGAGAUCUUCAGCAAGAUUAUGUUGUCCCUGACUGGGCACAGGAUGUUAGACCUAUAGAGGGAACCUUAACAAAAAAGGCGCAGAAGAAACGUGAAAAACAGAGAAAGGAUAAUUUGCAACACAUGAAGGUUGACGAUGAUUUGAUACUUCAUACAAAACAAGAAAUGUUCAAUCAAGAUCUUCUGUCGUACGUACAGGCCUGUGUCUUUUGUGGAAUUACAAACAGAGCUCUAGAAGAUAUAAAAAUGUACCGAGCAAAAGACAACCCCGAGUACAAAGUGAAUGAUGUGAGAAUCUACAAUAUAAUUCUGAGAGGACUAGGAAAAGAGGACAAAGACCUUUACAAAGUUCGAGAAGUGUUUUCGUACAUUCGUGAGGAUGGUUUAGACCCAGACUUGGAGACGUACAUGUUAUGUUUAUCAUGUAUAGGGAAGGCAUCGGAUUAUGAUCUGAUGUUAGCCUCCUUUAUUGUGAAAGAUAUGAUCAAUGAGGGUCUUGACGUGAAGGAUAUUUUCAACCAGUGUACCUUCCAGUACAAUGAGAGGUCCAGAGUUUAUCAGAUACUGACAGAAGUUGUUCCAGACUUUGAACCUAACCCACCCGUCGUGAAUGUGAAGUAUGAUGGACCCCUUGUGGAGCCUCUAAAUGAAAUGUUACCAGCGGAAGAGAAAGUAGAAGUAAAUCCAUUUACAUGUGGCAUGUCGAAAGAGGAAAUUAUGAAGGCUGCUGAAGAACAAUUUGGGAGAGAAUUAGAUGGACUUGUGACCCUUAAUUCUAUCUUCAAAACAAACACAAAUUUGGAUAAAAGGAAGAGAGAAACAAUGGAAAAAUUACAAGAACAGUGGCGUAUUCAAAUCAAGAAAGCUUUCUUACAACGUAAAAAUAGUCUUCGUUUAAAGACUUACCUCACACAAGGGAUCAACAUUUACCCAUUCUUCUGUCUGUUUCCUGAUGAUGAUUAUGUUAAAAUUUUAUGUCAGGAGUUGCAGUUUUGGUUGCUGUUCUCUCAGAUGUACAGUCCCUCAUGCGCUCUACUUCGUAAAUUUAUAAUUAAUCGUAUACGCCAGAGGUUCAGCAUUCAACAGAUGAUAGAGCUGGAUGUAUUUCCUAAGUUACACAAGGCAUAUUCUAGAUAUAUUACACACCUGACAGAUCCAUCCACCCAUGUACCACCACAGAGACAGCUAUGGAAGCAAAUUAUUCAGGAUGUCACAGAUGGAAACAGUAUGGAGAGACCUUUUGUUGAAUGGUCAGAUUCUGUGAGAUUUACAAUUGGUGAUAUUUUGUUUGAUAUUUUGGUAGUCAAUGCAAAGUUUGAUUUGAACAUACACAACAAUAAACCAGAAAAAAUGACUGGAGCAUUUUUUGUGGUAGAGAGAUCUCGUGACGGUAAACGGAACAUGGAAGUGAGGCCACAUCCAAUGCUGGCCACACUGGUAAAUGCUGAGGCAGAUUUGAUCAUGCCAACAGAAAAGAUUCCAAGUCUGUGUCCCCCUGUACCGUUCACUGCCCCGGGGCAGGGUGGGAACUUUAUAAGUACAGUGGAUUUGUUACGCUGGUGCAUGGACCAACAGGUCCAGAUACUGAAGGAGAGGACAGAAGAGGCAGGACCUGUUCUAGACAGUCUUAAUGUCCUGUCUACAUACGCAUGGAAAAUCAAUAAACCUGUGUUGGAUGUUGCUCUGAAGGUGUUUAAAGAGGGAGGGAAUGAAGACUUAGAAAUUCCUGUUUUACCACAGAGUAUACUGAAACCACAUAAACCAGAUCCCAAUGCAGAAAGAGAAGAGGUGAAACAAUUCAACAAGAAAAUGUUUGUGUAUAAGAAAAGUUUGUCGGAGGCUGUCAGUUUAUGGUGGAGCGGUCUUUAUAAACUAUCCAUAGCAAAUGAGUUGAGAGAUAGAACAUUCUGGUUGGCAACAAACAUUGAUUUCCGCGGGAGAGCCUAUCCUAUAGCUCCACAUUUACAUCAUCAGAACCAGGAUCAUGUUAAAGCUUUUAUGCUGUUUGCUAAAGGAAAGCCACUUGGAGAGAAAGGUUUAGACUGGCUAAAACUGCAUUUAGUAAACCUAACAGAGCAUAAGAAAAGAUCAUCGUUAGAAGACAGGCUGAAGUAUGCUGAUGAGAUGAUGGCAGAAAUUCUCGAUUCAGCUGACAAUCCUCUUACUGGUAGAAAAUGGUGGAUGACGUCUGAUAGUCCUUGGCAGACACUGGCAGCGUGUAUAGAAAUUGCUGCGGCAACAAGAAGUGGUGAUCCUUGCAAGUUUGUGUCACACUUUCCAGUUCAUCAGGAUGGCUCAUGCAAUGGUCUGCAACAUUACGCGGCACUUGGUCGUGACGUCACUGGAGCAAAGUCUGUAAAUCUCAAGUCAGAAGAUGAAACACCGGCCGAUGUGUAUUCUGAUGUUGUUGAUCUGGUGAAGAAAGAGAUAGAAUUUGAUAUUGAAAAUGAAACAAAUGAUUUUAAAAUAGCCACAAUCUGUCAACCAUAUCUGGAAAGAAAGGUAAUUAAGCAGUCGAUUAUGACUACUGUUUACGGAGUUACAAUGUAUGGGGCCAAGCUGCAGAUACAGCGUCAGCUUGGAUAUAAAGAAUUUCCCGACGAAUAUAUCCUCGUGGCAAGUCGCUAUCUUGCAGAGAAAACAUUCAAGUGCCUAAAUAAUUUGUUUACCUCAGCACGACAGAUACAGAGUUGGUUUGAACAGUGUUCUAUUGCAAUAGGUAAAUCAGGCCAUGCCGUGGAAUGGGAGACGCCAUUAAAUCUGGUCUGUAUCCAGCCCUAUUAUAAAAAUCAACUACAGCCUCCAGAUAUGCCAGACAAAAUCUACAACCAUCUGAUCAUUCAAACACACGCACUGAGAAUUGCUGAUGUAAACAAACAGAGAAAUGGAUUUCCUCCAAAUUUUAUUCAUUCCUUAGAUUCAGUCCAUAUGAUGUUAACUUCUCUUUACUGUUACAGGAAAGGUCUAACGUACAGUUCUGUACAUGAUUCAUUCUGGACCCAUGCCUGUGAUGUUGAUGAAAUGAGUAAGAUAACCAGAGAGCAGUUUAUAGCAUUGCACAAUCAACCAAUCUUACCUGCCUUGUCAGAGUACUUCAUUGAUAGAUACAUUCACAGAGGUGACUUAACAGCUGAGCAAUGUGCCAGAUUACAUAAAGUGUUUACGCAGCUUCCUGAAAGAGGAGAAUUUGACCUGAACGAGAUCCUCCGGUCGCCCUAUUUCUUUAGCUGAGUAUGAAGACUAGGUACACGGGUUUACUUCUUGUCGUUGGUAUGGCUUGAACCUUCAAGAACUACGUAACUUCAGCUUGUAACAGCUCUGAAAGGAACAGAAGGCAUAAGGAUUUGAACAAAUAAAAGUAUCUGGUACUGCUGUUGAUAGGUUAUUGAUAUAACAGAGUAAAUGGACAGUUCUGCAUUAUUUGCAUGAACUAUCUUUGUGGACAGAAUGAUGCAUCACAAAUUCAAGAGUUUUGUUGAAAUUGAGAAUCGACUGGUCUUGCUGUCGUCGAAGAAAAAAAAAAGAGAAAAAGGUGAACUAGAGAGUAAACAGUGAUUCUAGGUGGAAGAUUGGGGACAUUUAAUGGAAAGCAGAAAAUCUACCUGAUUAAAGUAAUUGUUUUAAAAUGCAAGUACUGUGUCCAAAGCCUCUGUUGACUUUAAGUGAGACCUAUGUUUUAACAAAGGAGUUUGUAGAUGUCAUGUUUAUUUAAGGCCAUUUUGUUUUCUACCUGUAUCCCUUCAAUUAGGGAAGUUGUCGGUUCUUUACAGGAUUUACGUGAGCACAGUGCCAGUUCGGGUUCUAAUUGACUUGUGACGUCUCCAGUGUUGUUACUUUAUGGACCUGUUAUGACAGUGGGCAAUUUAGAUGCAAUUAUAUGAGCCGUGCCAUGAGAAAACCAACAUAGUGGCUUUGCGACCAGCAUGGAUCCAGACCAGCCUACGCAUCCAUGCUGUUCGCUAACAGUUUCUCUAAUUGCAAUAGGCUUUGAAAGUGAACAGCAUGGAUCCUGACCAGACUGCCCGGAUGCGCAGGCUGGUCUGGAUCCAUGCUGGUCGCAAAGCCACUAUGUUGGUUUUCUCAUGGCACGGCUCAUAUAUUCUCCGUAUGCAGUUAUGGCAGUCCCUGGAUAGUAGUUGUUGUGUAUAAGAUACAUUAAAGACCGAGUUAUGCUGAAGUAGGAUACUGAGGUUAUAUAGUCUCACGGAAAUGUCUGAUAGUCGGUACACGUGUACCAUGACAUAAGUGAUUUUCAUGGUUUUGGCCAAGAUAGCUAUUUCUUGGGCCUAAAUUAGUGGAUGUCAGACUCAAAACAUAAAAUAUAUAUAUAUAUAUAGGAAUUUUUUGUGUGUUGGGACUACAUUUUUUGUUGAUUCAAUAACACAGAUAUGUAGGAAUUUACAGAUUAAGAAUUCUUCUUAAACUGUGAUAGUUGAAUUAAGUCUCUUUUUAAAAGUCAUUUGUAUAAAAGAAAUUGUUUAAAUUUAGACUGGUAGUGUGUCGUGAUACCUGUACAAGAAGGCAGAGGAGGAUAGGAAAAAUUGUGCUUUUGAAAUGGAUUUUUUUUUUUUUUACAAAAGUCAAGUUAUAUUUUUAAUAGGCAUAAUAUAUGUAGAACAUGAUAGUAUGAGUCUGAAAAAUGGUUGAUAAGCUAAUCUUACGGCUCUCCCAUGUAUGUAAAUAUGAGCUGUGCCAUGAGGAAACCAACAUAGUGCAUUUGCCACCAGCAUGGAUCCUGACUAGACUGUGUGGAUGCGCAGGAUGGUCUGGAUCCUUGCUGGUAGCAAACGCCCUAUGUUGGUUUUCUCAUGGCGCGGCUCAUAUGUAUGAUUUUGAAAGUCAAAAUUAGGUUUUACAAGUGUUUCAUGAACGUGGUCUGAUUUUGAUGUCACACAUAUUUAUUGUAUUACAGAAUGCUACAUGUACGUAUAUUUGUGUAAGUGUGGAGUAUAAACCUGAAUUAUCAAGUCUCAUUUGUCAGAUUGUAACUUUGCCUUCUAAUAAUACAUGGACACGUCAGUUCUGUGUACCGGUAGUUGGGAGCUGAGUUAGGAGGGUAUGAUUGAACCUUCUAUAUAGACCUUAUCAUGAAAUAGAAGUGAUUAUGUCUAUGCAAAUUAGGUUGAUUUCAGUAUUAUAUAUCUACUUGUGUUCUCAUUCCUUAAUUGUUUGUGAUAUUUUUCAUUUAAGGUGAUUAUUGAAUUGAACAAAUUUGUGUUAAGACCAAAAUUUCAUGUCUUAAACCUG